AUGGGUGAGAAAGAAGGUGUAUGUGAGUUUUUCGAAGAAGACAUGGGUGAAAAUGAAGAUGUUUAUCCCAAAUUGCCAAACAUUUUCAAUGAUAAGCUCAAUUGGAAGGAGCAGGAACCUGAUUUAGGUAUGAGGAGAGCCAAGAAGCAUGCAUUAACUCUAGUUGAAGGCACUAUACCUGAGAAUUAUGCAAGAUUAUGGUCAUAUGGUGAGGAGAUUAGAAGAUCAAAUCCUGGAUCCACAGUUAAAAUUUGUGUUGAUUUAAUGGCUGAUAGGGAGUUGCUUUGUGCUGUGGAUAGAGAUGCUAACAAUGGAAUAUUCUCGAUUGCUUGGGCAGUUGUUUCUGUGGAAAACAAAGAGAAAUGGAAAUGGUUCUUAGAAACUCUUUCAGAAGAUUUGCAAUGUUGGAAUGAUGGUAAUGGUUUGGUUCUAAUUUCGGAUCAACACAAGGUAAUGGUAGAUGCUACUGAUGCUUUGGAUAGGCCUGGAGAUGAAGAGCAAAUGGUGGGAGUCAAUGGACGGGAUGAAGGGAUGAAUGUCAAUGCUCGAGUUAAGCAUGUUAAACCGCCUAAAAUGCGAAAGAAGUCAGAAAGAAUCAUUAAAAUGAAGCUUGCAAAAAAUAUAGGAAGUAAAGGUAGCAGUGUUGCAACGGCCACGGAGUUGGAUUAA